AUGCGCUUAGUUUAUUUUGUUUUCAUCGUGUUAGCUGCUACAGUUUUUGCCCAUGAAUCGAAGGAAGCUGAAAAUGAAUUACAGUCUGCUGGCGAAAAAAUUGUUGAUCGCUUAGCUGUAAAUUUGGCUGGUGCUCUGGUGAAAUCCAUGUUUCCUGAAAUGGACAAAAAAGAAAAGAAACCACCUCAACCUUCAGAAGUUAGAAGAAGACCAGUCAGCUCAAACUUGAUGGAUCCAGAAAUGAACUAUUCUCAAGAUCAAGCUGCAUACGGUAUGAUGAACACCCAAGAUGCUCCAAAUAAUCCGUUUUCAAUGCAAAACCCAGAGUAUCAACGAGUAGCCAGUCAAAAAGCAAUACCUAUGGAUUAUUCUAGCAAAAUGACUGAUAUGGCUUUACUGAGCUCUGUAGGAAGCGGUCUGCUCUCGGGAGGAUCAGGGGACUCAACUUCUAUUAAUAAUAUCAGAAAUCGUCAAUAUGUGCAGGAGCUUGCUAAGCAUCAGACGGAAUUAAAUACGUAUGCUGCCAAACAAAUGGCAUAUAUUGAAAACCAAAAACGAUAUCAACAAGCUAUGAUCGACCAUCAGGCUGGCGCAGCUCUUUUGAUGCAGCAGCAACAACAACAAGCUAUCAAUGAACAACUUCAACAGUUGAAAGCUGGAUAUAACAGUCCUGAAUCGCGUUCCGUUGAUAACACAGGGGGAUAUGUUCUCACUGACUCUCCAGGAGUGCGACUUCACCAGGCUAAAGCACCAGUCAGAGAAUUUGAGGAAGAUGACAUCACCGCGGGCGAUGAGCAUUUAAAAAACUUUUUCCGUGAACAAUAUGGAAUUGAUUUUGAAUCAGAGCAUGGUAACUUGAGUGAUUCAGAGAAAGCCACUUUGAGAGCACUUAAGAAGGAACUACUUAAGAAUAAAGAACGUGUCUUGAAUAAAGGAAGCUUCGCUACUAUGAAAGCAUUGAAGCGAAGAGUUCAGGCAAACGAAGAGAGAUCAUUUAGCAGUUGUCCCAAAUGCCAGCCAAUUUCCUUCCCCAAACUACGAGGAGCUUGGACAUUAGUAUAUGGUGAUGCUGAAUUAUUCAUCCAAUCUCUCGGAGAUAGAGGAAACCAAUCUCGUAGUGAACCUGCAUGUUUGGGAUUGGAAGUGGGUAAAUCACAUGGUGAAGGUGCCGCAUUCAAUUUGUUCUAUAGAAACUCGGAAAAGGGAAAUGAAUUACAUGAAACGGAAGGUAGAGCCUACGCCUCAGCUACAGGAAUCACUUUUGAUAUCGUUAAGGCUGCAAAAUAUUGUAUGGUACACAACGGUCCAUCGGAAUCCGAAAGAUAUGAAUAUGUAAUUUUUACUAAAACAGGAGAGAAUGACUCUUGCAGAAAUUUCUACAUCUUUGCACGCAACACUGAUGAGUUCAACAGACGACACUUUGAUGAUGUAAAUGAGUUUAUGCUGAAUCUGCUCAAAGACUAUAAUGCUCCCCAAAUGACUCACAUUUCAAAGUCGGAACUUUGUGAAUUAGGAUCGCCAUGA